UACAAAGCCAACCCAUUUCGUUCAGUUUUCAGCAAAUUUCCCUACUUUAAUAUCGUGCAGUCAAAAGUAUUUGACGAGGUUCAUCUUAUUAAAGAUGACGCCAGAGGAGCUGCUGUUGAAGCUGUUAUCAGUCGUAUGAAAACCGUUCAAUCCACUAUGACCCACUGCAGCACUGGAGGAAAUAUCAGUAGUCUUGAUAGAGUGAGCAUGCGACUUUUGGCCAUCUCAGCAACCAUACCAAACGUGGAAGAUAUUGCAGCCUGGCUUGGAAGAAUUGACUCUCCUGCGUCUCACUACAGUAUGGACGAUUCACACCGACCAGUUAAACUUCGUAAGGUCGUUCUUGGUUUUUCCAAGGGGAAUAAAUUCUCCGACUUCCGAUUUGACUUUUCUCUCAAUUAUAAGCUGAGUGGCAUCAUUCAAACUUACUCGGAUCGGAAACCUACUCUUGUGUUUGAUUCAUCCGCCACUGCGGUCAUUUUGACAACAAUUGCAAACAAGGAAAAGUACACCGGCCUUCUUGAAGGAACUCAGAAAUUGGAAAGCAGCUUGCACCAUCAUCUUAUUGAGCACUUGAACGCAGAAAUCGUCCUCAACACUAUCACAGACGUAUCUAUUGCUUUAGGGUGGUUGAAGUCCACCUUCUUGUAUAUAAGAAUAUUAAAGAAUCCAACACACUACGGGAUACCUCAGGGACUUGAGAAAGAAGGCUUGGAACAAAAGUUACAAGAUAUUUGUUUAAAGAGCCUAAACACACUGGAAAAGGCUGGACUGGUAAAAAUGGACGACGGUUUUGAUCUCAUGCCCACAGAGCCAGGUCGUCUGAUGGCCAGAUAUUAUAUUGCUUACGACUCCAUGAAACAGUUUCUUAACAUCAAAGGAACGGAAAGCCUUAGUGACAUAGUUGAUCUGGUGUCGAAGUGCAGAGAAUUUUCCGAUGUCAAGCUACGAAUGAACGAAAAACGAGUACUAAAUACUCUAAACAAGGACAAAAAUAGCGAAACAAUAAGGUUUCCGAUCAAAGGAAGAAUCAAGACAACGGAACAAAAGGUUAAUUGCCUUAUACAAGCCACACUUGGUUCACUUCCAAUAGCGGAGUUCUCCCUGAGCCAAGAUGUUACGAAAAUCUUUCGAGCCGGACAAAGAAUUACUCGCUGUUUGACUGAACUACAAAUGUUGAAAAGUAGUUUCAUGUCACUUCAGAAUUCAGUCAUUUUUGCGAAGUGUAUGAGAGCCAGAUUGUGGGAGAAUUCCAGAUUUGUCUCAAGGCAACUGGAGAAAGUUGGACCUUCGUUGUCGACUAUGAUGGUAAACGCUGGCUUGACAUCCCUCAAGAAAAUUGAAGAAACAAAUCCUCGAGAAAUAGAAUUGAUCGUCAAUCGUCAUCCACCUUUCGGUAGUCAGAUUCGGGAAGCAGCUUCAAACUUACCAAAGUAUGAUGUUUCCGUUCAGCAGACAGGGAAACAUCAGCCAAAUCGUUCCGAGAUUGUGAUCUCAGUGACUAUGAUGAACUAUAUAAAGCGAAAAGAUGCGAUUGGGUCAGGAAGAAACAGCCACUUCUGCAUUCUGAUGAUAGCUGAUACCGAAAACAACGUGGUGUUUAAACAGAGAUUAGGAGAUUUUGUGUUUUUGAAAGAGGGAUACUGGAGUAAGAGAGUCGAUAUACAGCGAACGGCUGCUCAGUCUCCAGAUUUGAACUUACACCUUAUCAGUCAAGAAUAUGUCGGUUUGGACGUGAGUAAACGGUUUUCCCCUCAGUACAGUGUUGGACGGCCGUACAUUAUCAUGAAGAAUGAACUACAAGCGUAUGCUCCUAAGCUUGUGAAGAACAAUGUCUCCAAUUUAGAGUCGCACAGCAGCACCAGCACAUCCGAGGCAGGAACGCCAAGGGUCCCUUGCAGUCAUCGUUGCCUCAACAAGGAAGUUUGUGGUCAUGAAUGCUGCAAACAAGGCGGCAACUCCAAGAAAAGGAAAAAGAAGUCAGAGGUGGAGCAGAAGAAAGGACCACAUCGUUUACCAUUGAUGAGCACACCAUCUAUAGAUGAUCAAAAGGAAACUACCGUAAUGGAUGAACAAGGAAAUAUGAAUUCCUUCCUGAAAAACUUUCACAUGAGAACUCAAGCCAUUCCUGGUACGCCAGCCAAACGCCUAAAGGUAACUACCUGUAGUUGUUACUUACAGUUCUUAUAG